AUGAACAACAAACUGUCAACUGAAAAUUAUGAACAAGAAAAAGCAAUCGAAAGUGAACAAGCGGUCCAAAACCUUUUAGACACGAUGAAUACAAACGGAAACGACCAAAAUACGUAUUACAACUUCACUUAUGAUGAGUCUAUGGAUAUAGGCAAUACAAUUGAGAUCCAAACACAACCAUCCCUUCACACAAAUACUAACAACGAAAUUAACCACAAAAGACAAAGAGAAAAUGCUAAAGACGACCAUAACCCAAAAAAGAAAAGCCUCUCACCACCUCUAGCUCAAGCUACUUUUCCAACAGACAACAUCUACUUGGAGGAUAACAAAGGACCAUAUGAAUUAAUCAUUGAACAAGAUCCAGACAGCACAAUACGAGCUCCUACUCACUACCUAUCUCUAUACAAAACUAUCACAGAAAUUCUCAAAAAAAAUAAUGAAAUAAAAAAUCUUAAAAACACUCGACAAGCUGACUUCAAAAACAGAGGUCUCAUUGCCUAUAUUCCAACUCACAAAAUGGUAUGCCACGGAAUAAUUAAAGAUAUUCCCCUCGAUUUUCCAAUGGAAGACCUAAAAGAAGGACUAAACUCAAUAGUCGAAGUCAUCUCUCUAACUAGAUGUCAAAGAGCUGUACUAGAGAAUCAGGAAAAGAAAUAUGUUCCUUCUAAAUCCGUCAAAAUAAACUUUGCAGGACAAAUUCGUCCAAACAAAGUAAUCUAUAUAUACACCUCUCCAGUCAAAAGAGGUACAAACUACCUACGUUUCAACCAUUCAGCCAAAGAAUGUAAAGAUUCACCCAACUGUAAUCAUUGUGGUAACUCACGUGAAAAUCAUCCUGAUCCAACCACCUGUCCACUUAUCGAAUCACCUCCAAAAUGCAUAAAUUGUAAAGGAGAUCAUAGACCAAGUUUACCCAUUCAAAACCCGUCUACACAUCUAGGAGACCAAACUAGACAUUUUCAAACAACCAAUAGAUCAUUUACGGCUGCACUUCGCCAUCAAAAACCACAAAAGCUUACAGCUCAAACAAACAGUGACCAGUAUAGGAAUAACCAACAAUUCCAACAAGAAAGAAACAGUAAGUUUCACACAAAAAUAUACACUAACUCUACUCUCACUAAUCAUUCUCAAGAAAAUUUGUACUCGCACACCAAUUCUCCCAAAUCAAUCUCAAAUUCUAGUUCCACAUCAACACCUAUAACUUCAACCAAACUAGUUGCAUCACUACCUAAUUUGACUCCCGUUCAAAAAAACCCAGGCCAACAACCAGAGUUAAUCAGCCAAAAUUUAAUUGUAAAUCUACUAAAUCAAAUCACCAACGUACUAACAAUAAUUAGUGACAAACUCGCACCACAAUUAGAAGAAAUUGGAGUAAAAGAACAAAUUACUACCAUUCAACAAUCCUGUAAUCUACUAAACACAGCUCUAUCCCCUGGAGAUAAUCGACCAACUGAAGAAUUUAACGCAAUCACGAUAAAUAUUUACAAACACCCAACUUUUACUCUUCUGAAAACUCAUCUAAGUAAUAUCAUAGAUUCCAUUAACGCAAACAACAACCCAAUCAUACUGGGUGGGGACUUCAACUCACACCAUACAGCAUGGGGCUGCAACAAUGACUGUCUAAGCGGAUCAAAUGUCGUAGAUUUCUCCUUCCAGAAUAACCUAAUCAUCCUAAAUGAUGGCUCUCCAACGAGGAACGUUAACUUUGAUGAAAACAAAUCUGCAAUAUAUCUCACUUUAGUAUCUGAUAGUAUAGCCACGCUCUGCUCUUGGAAAGUAGCUGAAGAUGCCAUGGGUAGUGAUCACUAUCCAAUACUUUUAUCUAUAAACGUAAACCCUGAACACAACACUUUCAAACACAGAUUUAACCUCAAAAAUAUAAAUUGGGAUGACUUUCAAGAUCACUUAGAAAACAAAGAAGAGAUGUCCUCGAAUCUCCCUGACGCCAUAGCAACGUAUGAUAAACUAAAUAGCACAAUCACGCAGGCUAUUGAAUCCCAAAACCUACCAAAAGGACAAUCAAACAACCAACAGCAAAAUAACAACAAACCAACAAAAUCUAAACCUAGAAAGCACACUCCAGCUCCAUGGUGGACACAAAAAUGUGCUCACACAAAGAGUACUAAAAGGGGACAAAAAGCAGGAUGGAAGUCCUUCUGCGAAUCAUUCAGUAGACAAACACCACCGCAGGAAGCUACACGUCGUAACAAAUGGAUCCCUCUUAGAACCAGUAGACGUGGACCUUGGGACUGGCCAAGGACUGAUGAUCUAACAAUUGAAUGUGAAGACGAAAAUCUAUAUACAGCUUUUAACUCAUUACAAGCAUCAGUCGAUAGAAUACACAGAUAUCUCAAAAUAAGAAACUUAAAUCUAUCACCUACCAAGACUCAAGUAAUUAUAUUCACCAACAAAAAUAUAAAUACAAUCUCUAACAACAAUCUGUACAUUAAAAUAAACAACGUGAAAAUAUACCCUUCAACUACAGUUACUCUAUUAGGUAUCCAACUGGAUAAUAAACUCAGUUUUAACCACACUUUAAACACAUCAUCACUCGUGCUAAGAAACUUUUGGACAUCAUCAAAGCUCUUAGAGUCCUUAAUCAGGAGUCAAUUAGAAUAUGGAUGUCAUAUCUUCAAUACAUCAAACCACACACAAAUAGAUAAACUCAACAAAAUCCAAAAUGCAGGUAUGCGUUUCGCCAUUGGAGCUAGAAUCUCUACUCCAAUUAAUUCUUUAACUGCUGAAAUUGGUCUUACUCCAAUCAAACUACGUUUUGACGAACUUACCAAUAGAUAUAUACUAAAAGCUUUCUCAUUAGAAAAUUUAAUCAUUACUCAAGAACUGGACAAACUCUCUGACAUAUUAAGCAAGAAAAAAAGAAGCCCGAAUAUACAAUACCAAUUUCCCCUCUUGAAAGCCUUUAAAAAACUAAAAAACUUUGAAUCAAUAAUUCACACUCACCGUCUUCCAACAGCAUACCAAUACCCUUAUACAAUCAGACUAUACACACCAAAAAUCGACAUCACAUCAGGUACAAACUUUAAAACAAUAGCUAAUAAAACAGUCCCAAAGAAAAGUGAUAUAACAAAUAUAAUAACAAAUAUAAAUAAUGCUGUGAAGCGGGAAAGAAUAGGAGUUACGGAUAAUUAUUACGUGAAGCGUUCCAACAUUCACAUCUUGAAAUUAAAAAUGGGCAGACGUGGUAGGCCUGCAGCUGUUGAAACAAAAAAAAUUAUUGAAGCCAUUUUACCUCGAUCAAAGGAAAUAAUAAUUUCCAAAAGUGGAAAUAUUAUUGAAAAGACAAAUGAUAUCUGGAAAACAAUAUCAGCUAAAUUGAAAAAUGUUAUUUCCCCUUUAUCAUUGUAUUCUUAUGUUACUGACAAUAGCUUUGAAAUUAGAAGCAAAUUGUAUGAACUUGAAGGCAUAUUACCUGAUAUGUCACAAAAUAGUAUUGAUACUACUGCAGAAGAUUCUAUUAAUUUAUCUCAUGCAAGUGAUUCUCGUUCUCAUAUUUUUUUGUCCAAAGAAGUAUUUCAAGCCCUGAUAAUCGUAAAAACUCGGAAACGUCCAACUGGAAGGAAUAAAAAAAUUGAAACAUACAAAGCAUUCAAGCCUGGAGUUUGGGAAGAUGUAAUUAAUGAUUUACUUGUAGACUCAACGAAAAUUACAAGCGGAUUAAAUUUUGAAACACAUUUUAUCACAGCAGAUGAAAGUUCUGGAACAUUUAAAGCGGGGAUACGAUUUCUCACUUAUCAGGUGACCAGUCUUAACGAUCUGCAUUUAUUGUCAGAUUAUAUAAUACGUUUCAUAUUUCUUACGGCUCAUUGUGCCUGUGGCAGCAAAGUCGAUGGAGUAAUGACAAAUGAUGACACCAACAAAAAAUUUGUCGAAAUCAUUUGUAAUAUCACUAAGGGAAAUGGAAAAUGCGGUAAAAGGUGGCUCAGAAAUGAAAAACGAGAACAAACUUUAAAAGAUAUGGGAGCAAAAACUGUGCACUUAUACAGAGCUGAAAAAGCAGCUGAAAAAAUGAAAGAAGGUGAUAUUGAGCCACCAACUUUGCCGUCUUCUCCGGUACUUCAGACUGCCAGAAGCCAGCACAGAAAGAAACAAUUUAUCGACCCAAAUCCGAUCAAAGCUCUCCAAAAAAUGAAAUACGGUGAUGCUGCAUUCAUCGUAAGAAAUAUAGGCCUAGGUCCAUUUUAUGUUCACUAUUGGUCUCGGCACCAACUAAGUAUUUACCGAGAUUAUCACGGUAUCAUUGGCUUCGAUCAAGUACAGUUUCCAGUCGCACAAAUGAUCAGCGAAAUCCAAACAGUGAACAGAAUUACUGAUUGGUUGAUAGAAUGGAUUAAGACAGGUGCUCCUUCUCCAAAAGAAAUAGUGAUAGAUGGUGGUCGGGCUAUAAUAACAGCAGCUGUGCAAGCAUUCACGAAUUGUUCAACAAUUAAUGAUUAUGCUAAUGCAUGUUAUGGCUCAGACUUACCAUCAUGCUACAUUCGAAUAGACAAUGCCCACUUUAUAAAAACUUACGUUGACUUAUUGAAAGAUGUACCCCGACAAGUUGCUACUUUCUACAAAGCAGUAUCCCAGUGUGAGAAAGAUGGUAAUUUACGAAAUGGAGAUGAAACAGAAACAGAAAAGGCUAAAAAUUAUUUGAUGACACUCAUAACGGAUGAUAAC